UCCGGUAUCCUUACCAGUGAAAGUGGUUUAAUUGACGGGAAGGAGGUCAAACUUGUUAGCCCUCCUGAAGCUGUUGACAAUCCCGUGUUUGUAACGAUGACAUUAGAGGAUCCUUCAAAUUUCUGUGGACUGCUUUCACAAAAGGAUCUUGAAGAUGAUGUCGUGGUUGUUGCACCCAUCGUUAAUCUUCAGCCCAAUGGCUGUUCCUUUAAGAAACCUGUACGUGUAACUCUGGGAACCACGUUGGAUAUUAAACAUUUCAAGGGUGAAAAUGUUGUCAUUUUACAUGGCACAGAGGAAAGGGAUGGAAAGAUUAUCUGGCAGGAUAUUACUCAAAACGCUGAAAUUGACGAGACAAGUGGAGAGGUGAAUAUUGAAAUACAACAUUUCUCUAUCAUUGUGAUUUUGUAUAGAAGGACUGUGAUUCGCUCUAAAGACCUUGUGUAUCGACUUAAUAUGUUAGCAUUUUAUUAUAUAUUAUCCGUGUUGUUUAAAAAGAGCGAUCUCUCUUCAACGCACAACGAACUUGCCCUACUUUUCGUGAGCAAAGAAGUUUUCCAUGAGCAGUUCUAUAAAGAGGAUGAGACGUCUGCUUUAGUUCAACUCAAGGAAGAAGGAUUUACCGAGCUGCAUGUAAGUUCUUUUGAUGAAGAAAAGCGUAUCUACUUUAAAGAAAAUCUUCGUGUUGAUAUUCAUCUUGGGGAAGACUACCAGCUGGCCGACAGUCAAGAAGGAAGUACUUGUUUCAAUGUCCACUCUGAUGUUUGGUGGGGUGCGGGUGAAGUGGUCAGACUUCCUCUGGAGUGUACAAAAGAUGUCAGAAGUCUUUGCGGGAAGAUCACUGUAAAAGGAGAUUAUGGACACACGAGCGAAUGGCAUUUUAGCGAAAAGGGUUAGUUUAAUUGCUGUAGGAUUAUCAUGUGAUGUGGUGGCGAUGGUCAUUGGUAGCAAUGGCAAUAUUCCCAUUAAUUAAGUUAUCUGUUCAUGCCAAUAACAAGUUUGAUAAUGACUGAAUAUGCUGAAGAUUCGGAAGUAGCAUGAUGUCAUAAAUUGCCUAGGCAUAAAUGUAUGCAUCAUUUUAUUGUAAUGCUACGUGCAAACGGACGCAACAUUGCCAGUGGAUGUUACAUGUUGCGUCCGUUUGCACACCCUGUUGCAUGUUGUUGCGUGUUGUUGGGAGUUGUUGCGCUAAGUUUGAAACCGGUCAAACUGUUAGCUAUGUGUAAACGAACGUAACAACUCCCGACAAUGUUGGGAGUUGUUAGCAAACAAUGUUGCAUCCGUUUGCACGGGGCUUAACUCUUAUCCUUCUUUCGCCUGUGGUUUGCCUCGAAGGUUCGGUUGUCGGAACAUUGUAUCCCUUAGUCGUGUGAUUAAUAAAAAAAUGUGUCAGUUUUAAAUGCCGUGUUUACCUGGGAAUCAUUUCAUAGUCGUUCCUAGAGUAUCACCAUUUUUGAAGGUCGCAUUAAUGUCGCAGUUUGAUAGAAUAUCAAACCCUAACGUUGAUUUAAGGAACUGGUGUUACUUUUGUUUCCUACGGCACCUCUGCCGAAAGGAAACUAUUCUCUAAGGUCAAACGAAAAUAGUGCGAACGAUAUAACAACCCAGUCUUGUAUUUCAUCUACAAAUCGCUUGCCUGGAGAAUGGUUCCCUGCAUGCAGAGGCUUUUUUUUUCUCUUGGGUUAAAACGACGGUUCGUUGUUUUGUCAUCUCCCUGGCAAGGUUAGUUAAUAAGAUCAAAACGUUUACGGAAAAGUCGGGUAAAGGGAUUUAUAUUAAAAAGUCCUGUUUAGAAUUGGAUUCCUGCCCUUACAUCACGGAUUUUCAUUAUUUUUGCGUUAUAGAUCUGAGAAGUUAUGUGAGGCGUUUACUGGAUGUAAAUGGCGCCAUUUUCAAUCUAAUUCCCAUCGCUAUUUCACUUGAGGUACCUGAGGGGUCAGUGAAUCGAAUCAUCAGAUACUGGAAAGACGAAGAUGGACAACUGGACAUAAUUUUGGAACAGUGUAUUAAUACGAAUAAUUUAAUAGACGACCUCAAUGCUUUCAGAAAACAUCUUGAGAGUUUAGAAGAAGGUAAGUCAAUCCACCUUCCAGUACUAUUCAUACUUUUUUACCUUGUACUUUCAGCAACACAAGAACCUAUUUAGCCUAAAAUUUGAAACAGGUUCUUAUUUUCUAAAAUCUCUAAAAAAAAAAAUCUAUACAAUUAGGCUAAUAAGAUUGAGCUAAGUCAACUUUCAGGAUCUUCCUUGCAGACAUAGGUGCCUUAUCACUUCAAGUGCAAUGUAAUUGGUAUGCAGAUUUUGUAACUAAAUACCAAUAAAUACUAUUGGCUACAAAUUAUGUAUUUUUUUCUUCAUAAAAUGAGAAACUAUGUGAGAACCAAUAUAGCCUGCAUUUGUGCUAAUUUCUAUUUAUGUAAGAACCUGUUUAGGCUAACUUGAGAAAAUGAAGGUUUUUAGAUAAGCACUGCUUUGUUGCUAGUAGGGUGCGAUGCUUAUUCAUGAGUGGCGCCGAUUAUUAUUAUUUUGACUCUAACAAGAGAAAGUUUCCCUUUUUAUUAUUGAGUUCUAGAAGUGCGAUGUACACUGAGGUCUAUCUACAGCGCUCAAUUUUAGGAAAAACAGCAGACACUUGCUGGGUUCACAUGUCUUCCUCAGACAAUCAAGAAAAAAUUUCAGUGGAAUAACACUAUGGGUAUUCGGCUAUUCCAGGACGGUCACACUGUAAUGAAUUUAGAGUGGAAUCUGAUUACUUAUCAGUGACAAGGGUACCUGUUAUUACAUGUAAUGUCGACCUCAUGCAAUUAUUUUACUUUCCUUUUUACUAGCUUACAAAGUAACAUACAGAGGCCAGAUGCAUAUAAGGCACUUACGAGAAGUCGCAACCAAGAUCUCUGAUUCAGACUCCCGUACUGUUGGAAACCUUUUCAUUUCUGUGUUAAAAGACUGUUGCAUUGAGAUUGAAAGCUCUGUUGAAGGCGUAAAAAGAGCCGCUUCUUCAGCAAACCAUGUAGAAUAUUUGAUCAACCACUUCGUCGAAAAUCAUCGAACGAUACAUGUACCUGAAAAUAUUGCGCGAAAGUAUAGGGAGCUAUAUUCUUCACUUGAAAAGACUUCGACUUCAGCUUUUAUGGACAUCGUUUCUUACUUAAUUCAAAAUAUCAAGGAAAUCUUUGUUGACUGUGAGAGGGUUGUGCCCCAGAAUGGCUUAUGGGGGCUUUCUCACGAAAAGCUAAAUAACUUUUUGACGAAUGUUAGGGCUGCUGAAAGAACCAACAAAGUCGAGGAACUCGUCUACCAGGAGUGCAAACUUCUUGAAGAGUUGUGUCGAAAGAAUCAUGACAAACAAGCCACCGGGAAGAUUAAAAAAUGGGGUGAAGAACUGAAAAUUCCCAAGAUGCUCAAGGUUUUAAAGCGAAAGCAGUUUUUUCAGCAUCGCCGGCGAGACGUUCGGUUAUACGUGAGAUUAAAGCAGUUUUCACGCCGUCUAAGAGACAUGUUAUUGCCCCCUCACAAGAACGUUGAUGAAUUUUUCAUGCGCGAUUUUUCAAACGUUUUACUGAGUCUGAUUGAUUUCAGCAAGUUUGAUCCAUUAAAGCUAGUGAGGUUUGAACUAACCGACUUUUCGCACACACCCUUGUCCUGUUCCCGAGAGAACGUAGUGUACGACAAACAUACAAACACAUUCUCUCAGAGGAUCAGCUUUAGAAACGAAUCUAAGGGUAAGCUCCAACUUCAUGCAAAUGCACUUGUGAACAUGGACGGACAGAUUUGCAAGAAAGGGGCAUUCCAAUCACUCAUAACGCUGAACCCAUGUGGCAAGGAAGCUUUCGACAGCGAAAUGAACCACUUCAAAGAAAUCGCUGUAAUGAAGACUGAAGACAAAGAUUCGAAAAAAAUUCGUAUUGUCCUUUGCGCCAUGCAAAAGGAAAAACUUUUCGAGGCAUUAGCUUCCCUCAAACGGGGACUGAGUGAUGACGUAAUAGAUAUGAGUCAAUCAGAAGUGUCUCAGUGCCACCUAGCAAUGUGCUCUACUGAUGCUAUGCAGGAAUCAGAAAGGACUGUAAGACUACGACUGCUGUACGAAUGGGGAUCUCAGGCAGUAGCUCUGGACAGCAAAGACUUUGUGACUUUUGCUGACUACUCUGCCGGUGGCGCUUGUAUGCCAGAGGUAAAACUUGUCGGUAAGUCUUAA